AUGCCUGAAGUACCUGUUGGUAUUGAUUUAGGAACGACUAAUUCUUGUGCUUUUUACUACAAAGAGGGAGAAUUUGAAUGCGUUGAUUAUCCAAAUGGUCGUAAGCUGUUUCCUUCUUUUGUACGAUAUUCUAAAAGCGGUAUUAUUUCUGGAAGUUCCGCAAAACUGUAUUUUGGAAGGGCUAGGAAUGUUGUACGUAAUGCGAAGCGAUUAAUCGGGAGAUACUAUAAUUCGACAGAGGUACAAGGUGCUUUAAAUUAUUGUGGUGUUCCUGUUGUAAACAAAGGGAACAAACCUUAUUUCCACAUUGCGGAAACAGACGCGGAUUAUUCUCCUUCUGACGUGAGUGCUGAGAUACUUAAAGAAAUCAAAAAGACAAUUGAAAAUAGAAGCGGUUGUACAAUUGGUGAUGUUGUUAUUACGAUUCCUGCUAAUUUCGAUAACAAUCAAAGACAAGCUACUCGAGAUGCAAUUUCUAAAGCAGGAUUUAACAUGAAUAGAGUAAAGUUACUUAAUGAACCUUCUGCUGCUGCUAUUUGCUAUGGACUAGGACAAGAUACAACUAGUAAGAAGAUUAUGGUAUAUGAUUUUGGUGGAGGAACUUUUGAUGUUUCCAUUUUGGACAUUUCGAAUGGUAAUUAUAAGGUACUGGUACAUGAUGGAGACAAUUUCUUGGGAGGUUCAAAUAUCGAUGAAAUUAUUCUUGAAUGGUUAUUAAAGACAUGGGAAGAGACAUAUGGAGAAGAACUGAUUCCUGAAGGUCUUACUCCUGAAGCGAAGAGCCAAACUCGAAGUGGAUUAUUAUCACUUUGUGAACAAGCAAAAGAACAAUUAUCUAGUAUGGAUGAAUCUGAUAUUGAACCUCCGAUAUUUAUGGAGGAAGGAUAUGCUGUUACUCUUACUAUAGAUACGUUAAAUGAUCUUAUCGAUAAAGAACUUGACAAGACGAUAGCAAUUGUAGAACGAGCUUUGAACAAAGCUGGUUUAUCGAGAGACGAUAUGUCUCGUGUAGUUUUGGUUGGCGGAUCGACUCGUUUAUUGCUUGUUCAAAAGAAACUGGCAAAGCAUUUUGGUAAAGAAAAGACGACUCAAUCUGUCAAUCCGGAUGAAUGUGUAGCUAAAGGUGCUUGUAUGGCUCUUGUUUACGACAUUCUUCCAAAAGAAAAGACAGCGUUCAGUUUGGGCACUUCGCUCAUCAACAACGAAGUGGAGUGCAUCAUUCCCUCAAAUCACGAUAUUCCGUGUAGCGAAUCGGUGGUUCUGACAACUGCAGUAGACAAUGCUGAAACCAUAUAUACUCAACUUUGUCAAGGGAGAAGUACAUAUGUAGAAGAAGUUGCACCUCUUUCGAGUUGUAAUGUUCUCAAAGCCUAUCGAUACAGUGGAUUCCCCAAAAGGCCAAAGGGCGAAAUUCAUUUCAAUACAACUUUUUCUUAUGAUGGAGAAAGCAAAGUUCAUGUUACUGUUAAAUGCGAGGAGACUGGACAGGAGCUUUUCAAUUCUGACCUUACUUGGGAUUCUUAAGGUUGUGUUUUCAGCUGUUUAUUGCC